CAAACCUGAAGGCUUUUAUUGUGAUUCCUUUUUGGGGGACUGAACACGUUUUUGGACAUUUUUCAUGAAGGAUGUAGUAAAUAUAUUGUGAAGGCUACAGAACCUGUGGCUUUGUUUUCUUUCUCAAACAUUUUAGGCUUUCUUGUUUUGAUCAUUGAGGUUUUACUCUGAAAGAUUUCUGUUUUUGUGAAACAUUUAGCGUUUUUAUUGUGAACAAAAUGUAAUCUUUGAGAUUCAUUAUGAAGCAGUUUGAAGCUGUUUUUUGGUCAAGAAUUGGAGUUAAAGACAGUUUUGAUUUUAUUAUGAAGGGCAGACAUUUAUUCUGAAGAACUAGUAACCUUUGGGCUUUGACUGUGAAGGCCUUGCUAAAUGCUUUCAUUCAUUUUGAUUGUUUUUAAUGACAGCCCCUUUUAGGAAACACUGACAACAUUAAUUUUGAAAAACAAAAGGAUCAAAAAACUAGGAGCUUUUAUGAUGAAGGUUUGGAAAUUCUCUGGGGCUUUUAUUGUGAAAGGAUGGAAAUAUUAGCAAGUUUUCAUCGUGUGCGUCAUCUGUGAUCUGUCCUGUGGGUGGAGCAAGUCAUCAGACAGCCAAUCAGGAUGAUUUCUUACGUGGAGUGUCUGGGUGGCGAGGGGGCAGGGCCCGGCGUGGCGUCCCGCUGCUGGAAUACGGGCCCCGAUGAAGAGCUAGAUGAGCUUCUUCCACGCAAGAUGGCCGCCCUGCAGCCAAAGACAGAGGGCAGCCUGCGGCGCCGCCUGCUCAGCGCAAAAAUCCACCAGCACCACAACGCCAUCUGCCGGAUUAAUGCUGGUGCUGCUGGCAGACCGGGGGUGCCACCAGUUGACAAAAAGCCCCUCCCACCUCACCCUCAGUAUCCAGGCAACAGCCCCUGGUUUCGCCCACAGCACUUACCGCCACGACCCCACGUCCACCCCUCCUUCACCCCAGAGGCUCAUGGGAAACUCUUCCUCGCUCCAGAGGCUCAUGGGAAACCUCACCCUCAGUCCCCACCCCUCCAAUUGCCUCGCUCCGCACGCCCCGCCCUCGCCCAGCGACGACGAACAAGCUCGUCCCCCCCAACCCCGGAGCCCCGCCCUGGCUACACCCUGCCUGUCCCCUCCCCUCUGAGUGCCCCGCCCCCCCUUAGGGAACCAGAGGUGCCGCCACAGUACCGCUACCAACCCAGCAGGAGGCGCAAGGCCAACUUCUUCUUCUUCAGACGGCGCCGAGGGAAGAGCUCCAGGCAGGAAGCCACACAGACCACUCCCCUUCUACACAGAGGAGGGAGGAGGAGGAGAGCCAUCUGGAAUAACACAGAGGCUGCAGAGAGAGCUUCAAGGUGGCUAUGGAUUAGAGGGCGGAUUCGUGGAGAACAGCUGCUAGGGAAGAAGCUGAGGGCUGAUCAACCCCAGCUGGGUCGCCUGGGUGAGGGUGAAAGAAAGGGAGAGAGCGGGGCGAGUGACAGGAUCAGAGAGAGAGGAGUGGGAGGAGAGCGGCGUCGCAGCGAGUUGAGCUGCAUUACUGCUGCUGCUCUGUCUGCUGCAGCCUCGCCGCUGUGUGUCGGUCUGUGUGUGUGUGUGUGUGGCGUCGUCAUGGUUCUGAUCGGAGCGGCAAUCAAAUCCGUCCUCAGAUACCUCAAUAAGACCAGAGCAGGGGACGGGGACAAUAAGUGGUCUGUUCACUACACUACCCAGAAGCCCCAGCAGGGUCUGCUCUUCGUCCCGGGAAAAAAACGCUCCAGCAGCGCUGAUGAUCUGCAAGUGUGUAACGGGCUGACUCAGCAUGGCUACAGUGGAUCCGCUGCCUCUCAGCUCUGCACUCAAAGCCCCGCCUCCUGUUCGUCUUCUGGCCUCAACCAAUCAGAGAGCAGCACACGCCGACGGUGGAAGGACAAAAGCAGGAAGAUGUCCUCAGCCUCCUCAGAAGAAGACGAAAGGUUCUUCUUGAACAACACACGACCUAUGACCCCACUGGUCCUCAACCCUGUACACGUCACCCACUGUUGGGACGUCUUUGCCCCUGCCUACGAGCCAACAGUCGACGUGGAGAUGGAGCCAACCCCCCGGCUUCCAACACCAGAGGAGAGGAUGAGGCAGCAGGCCGAGGCAGUUGGAGCUGAUAUAGUCCCCAUCAAUGUAACAGGUGAGAGUUUUGAUCGUCAGGCAAGUUUUCGAAAGGUUGUUUCCAACACUGACUCAUUAUCCCGGCGCCCCCGUAACCUGAGCCGCCGCAAGACAGUUACUGGGAUACCUGAUGAUGUCACACGGAGGCUGGACUCUCCUAUGGUCUCUUUAGUUCUUCCCAGUCAGUUCUCCACUGUCGGUCGACCUGCCUCCUCCUCCUGUAGCCCCGCCCGCCAACAGAAGACCACAGAGGAGGAGGAGGAGGGUGAAGUCAGAAAGGAGUUGCAGACAUUAGCUAGGAGGAUCCGAGCCCCGAGAGGAGAGGGAAUGUCCAGCCUCAUGGCCUCUCUUACCUCCUCACCACGUGUUGACUCCUGUCAGGACCGCUCUACAUCCUGCUGCUCACCCUCCUCAGUGGUCCACAGCCUCCCUCGCCCAGCCACCAACUCCUCCUUGAACUCAGAGGUCAGCUGUAACAGUGCCUCCUACAGGGCACUCAGCACCUCCUCAUCCUGCUGUCAGUCACAGGAUCUGCAGGGUUUCCCCAGUGACCUCCAGCCCCUGCUGCCCUUUGAUCACACUGCCAGAGUCAUUCCAGAGUCUCCAUUCUCCUCUUCCUCUUCUUUUCCUUCCUCCCCUGUCACCUCCUCUCUUCCCGGCAGCCCUAGCCAGGCCCUGCAGUCAGAGUGGUCUUACCCCAGUGAUAAGCCCCUAAAUGAGGCUGCCUACCCUCACAGCUCCCCUUCCUCCACCCACUACCUCUCCUCCUCCUCUUUUGCAGACUCAGAUUCUCAAUUUAGCUACCAGGCUCUGGAUGAACAGACCGCCAUCCAGCAAGACACUCACUGCUCCUGCAAUGGGGAACGUUGGAGCUUCCAGCCCGUGUCCCCCAGCUCAAGUGUUCACAGCAGCCAGACUGGGGCUGACUGGAGUGGUAUCACCCGGGAGAUGAGUUCUGUCUCUGGGGAAGGCUGGAGCUGCGAUCCGCUGAUCUCUUCCGGACGCUCUUCCCCCUCACACAUUGACUGUAACUCCUUGUGUUCAGAGGAAAUUACCUCCUCUUCCUCAGUAUACCAAGAGAAAAGGAAGUCCAGCAUCUCCUCCUCUUGCUCUCGCAGCAUCUCCCUCCGCAAGUCCAAACGUCCGCCUCCUCCACCAUUGCGGUCUGACUCUCUUAGACGCCGGCCAGGGCGUAGCAAGCCCUCCCGGUCCUCCUCCAGCCCCCCUCUGGAGCGUAGCCCCCAUAUAGAGCGUAGCCCCUGCCUGGAGCGAAGCCCCCGCCUGGGGCGAAGCACCCCACAGACACCCACCUCAUCGCCCCAGACCUUCCAUGACCCCUGGGUGCCACGGAGCAAUACCAAGAGACGCCAGAGUGGGUUCAACUGUGGCACAGUCACAACAUUUGAACCGUUAAGCUCCGACUGCCAAGCAGCAACAUCCGUUGAGUCUCCUUCGUCUGAGCACCUACCGCCUAGCCCCGGCCACUCCCAUGCCCAUAUCCUCACCCCCGUGUCUCCAGGCUCAGAGGAGGAAGGGCUGACAUUUACUCUCAACUCUCAACCAGUUGCUGCUUCCAUGGCUGGGCUACAGCGCCUCGCUUCACCCUCCAGUGGUUAUUCCAGCCAGUCCAACACCCCCACCCCUGGCACUCCCAUCUCCUCCCCCCUCAGCCCCUCCUCCCCUCUCGCAGCAAGCCCUGGAGCUUUCUCCCUCCCCCCGACCUCCCCCUUCUCCUCUUCACGCUCACUCUCCCAUCCCCUGUCACCUGCCGUCUCCUCCCUGCCCAGGACAGGGUCUAAGGUCGAAGGGAGGCCAAAGCCACCAGUGCCAGAGAGGAAAUCAUCACUCUUCUCCUCCCUCUCCUCCUCCUUUUCAUCCACCUCCUCCCUCUCCUCAUGCACCUCCUCAGAAUCCUCUGCCAAGCAUUCUCUUCUCCCUGCUCCACCUCCUCCUCCUCCUCUACCUGAGUGUUCCUCUCCUUUGCCCCCUGUCUUCUACUCCCCCAUUCAUGAGUGUCCUGCUCCUCCUUCUUUCACCAAACUCUCUGUUGCUCCUCCUCCUCCCCCUUCAUCUCUUCCUCCUCCUCUUCCUCCUUUCUCCCGGCCUCCUCCUCCUCCCUACUCCUACGCCAUCAGGCAGACCUCCCAUCAUGUUCUGGUAUCCACUAUGUCAUCAUCAAUCAACUUCCCUCCUCCCCCAACUACCCCCCCUCCUCCUCCAUCUUCUCCUCUUCCUCCUCCUUCAGAGCUUCCAGAAUUGCCAAUUGCUGAUCUUCCUCCUCCUCCUCCACCUCCACCUCCUCCUCUGCCUCCUCUUCCUGCAUCCUCUGUGAUGGCCCUCCCCCCACCAGAUCUUGCCAAGUCUCCAAACUACUGUGUUGAAGUGUCAACAUCCACGUCCCCUUACCCCCUGGUCACUGCACAGGCUUUGCAGGGUGUCAAGCUUCGCUCUGUCAAGAACCAGGAAGGCCUGCUCACUAACAAAGAUCUACCAAGCAAAGAAGCUCAUCUGGAUGGUCUGGGCGACACAGAUGUUAAGCUAUCUGGAACUGGAUCACAAAAUGCUAUCAGUGAUCAAGGCAGCAAUGAAGCUAACAUAUCAAAUGCUUUAAUGGGUGAUGCUAGCCCUCAUAGCCCUGCCAGCGCUGUUGCAAAGCAACCUGGACUCAAAUCCGAUCAUGGUUACUACAACUUAACAAAAAGUGAGGUGAGGACACCCAUAGAUGACUCAGCCUCUGCAAAUAUUCAAAUCCUGCAAGGCAUAGUUCCUAGCCCAGCUAAACAGAGAAGCUCUGGGCCUCAGCUGGCCAACGAAACCCCUCAAGACAUCAAGUACAAUGAACAAGAGAGGGAAGAUUCAGACAUGUAUGCUACUCUGGUCAACAAUCAUGUCUCCAGCCCUGAUAGUCCCUUGGUUAAAAUGUCUUAUGAUACUGACAAAAAUCACAUCAACACAAUUACCCAACAUCCCACUUUGCAACAACAACAGGUCACAAAGGUUAAGCUAACUGAGCCUGCUGAGAAACACAGAAACACUGAGGAUGUUUGCCUGACAGAUUCUUCUUACUGGACCCUCUCUGGAACAAAACAAGAGCCUCACAGAGAAAGCAGAACACAACUUUUAGAGAACAACUAUAACAAUAAUUCAGAAAUGUGGAAUCACAGUGCAGCCAAUGGAAAUUCACACAGUGAUUUAAAACAGUGUAAUAGUGUCUUUGAGCCAGGUAGCCCAAGGAGGCUUCGCUCCCCGGAGAAGCCGAUCCCACCAAAGAAGCCUGAUCUUUGCAUUCUGGGUCUCAUCGCAUCUCCUGAGGCUAAGCGAAGACCAGGUGGGUGGAGGAGCACUGGACAAAUCACAGCGCCUUCUCCUGGGCUCACCAGCCAAUCAAGAAUUUCUGCUAAUUCCUCCUGCACACAUUUGACUAAUAGUACACCUUCACCAAAGCACAUGACAUGCACCAGUGUUGACAAAACAUCAAUUCCUGAUAAAUUAGUGACACACACAACUUCACCUGCACACUCAAUUAAUGCUGCUUCUUUGCCAGCACACACAACACCUGUUGACAUCACCACACGCUCACCUGCCAACUCCCCUCAGAAGCAGAAGCCACCAAUUUUGCAUAAAAAGCCAGAUCUUUCAUUGACCUCACCCAAAAGUACCAAACCACACUUGGCUACUACAAAUGCAGGAGAGGCACCCAAAGGCACCCAUGGCACCCUGGAGAGCACUGCUGUUUCACAGACUCAGAGCACUACAGGGACCAGUCGCACUUUGGGGAUCAUAGGUACCAUUUUCAAUGGGACCAUAGAUAUCACAGAGGGCAGAGACACUUUCAGUGGAACCAUGGGUAUUACAGGGGCUAGAGACACUUUCAAUGGGACCAUGGGUACCACAGCUGCUAGAGACACUUUCAGUGAGACCAUGGGAACCACAGAGACUAGAGACACUUUCAGUGGGACCAUGGGUACCACAGAGGCUAGAGACACUUUCAGUGGGAUGGUAGGUACCUUGGAGAACCGUGGUACCUCAGGAACUUGGGACACCAUGAACAACAGUAGUGACAUAGGGUCUAUGGGUACCUAUGGGAACUGUGGUCCCUCAGGGAUCAUGGGUAUGACCUCAGCGUGGAGUACCCAAGGUCCCAUUCAUCCAUUCAUAAGUACCUUAGAGAACUGUAGCACCUUAGGGAACCACGGAGCUGCUUCCAUCCAGACAGGGAUCACUCAAACUGGAGCAACCAACCCUAGUUGUUCUGGGGUCAUCAGGACAAGACUUAAUAAGAAUAAUGACAAAACAUUUCAUAAGAGGAUGAUGAGGUCAUCGCUGGCUGAAGAUGCAGAGGAAGAUGAGAAGGAGAAGCUGGUAAACACAACAAUGAAGAUGAUGUCAUCCACCCCAAUGAAAAAAGACAAAGCAAGAAAGAGGAGGAAGAGGAGGCCAGGCAGGCAACUGCUGCUGAUGUCAUCAACUAUGGAGCCCUCCCCCUCUUCAUCGUCAUCAUCUUCAUCAUCAUCUUCGUCCUCAUCUGAAGACGAGCGAGAUGUGGAGAAAGGGAGAACAAUGCAAAUGAGUCAAAGAGUGAAGAUGACGAAAGUGUUUGAUCAAGACACCAGCGACUCUGAAAGCUCCUGCACUCUGAUUGGUCAGAGCAGGUUCUCCCUCAGCAGUGCGCUGUCCACUGAUAGCCUGCGGGAGGAGCUGUUACUUCCAGACCUCCUGAUACAGGAACCAGGGGACGAAGAAGAGGAGGAGAGGAGCAAUGAUAGAGCACACAGGAGGGAGGAGGUGAAGGAUGCCACAGGACCUCCAGAUGCUGAUCUGUUUGUCAGUGUUUCGGCAGAUCAGAUGUUUGUUCCCAGUAGACCACGAACCACAGAAGAUCUGUUCGCUGUCAUCCACAGGUCAAAGCGGAAGAUGCUAGGAAGAAUAGAUUCAGAUGAAGACAAACAUCGAAUCUCCUCUUCCUCUUCAUCCUCUUCCCCUCCGGUGACCCCAACUGAUCCCCAGCCCCACCUAAUGCGACCUACAACUCUCAGAAGUCAAAGGUCAGCAAGAAGCGAGAGCUUCAAGGCUCUCUUGCUGAGGAAGGGUAGUCGGUCUAAUUCGUCUUCUCGAAUCUCAGCUGUCGAGCGGCUUCGCAUAAAUUCUGCUUCUACUGCUGCCACUGAGCUGCAGUGUGUGCCAUCGCUGCCACCACAGCCACCACCGCCAGAACAACCCCAUAUUAAUCCCACAAGCUUGUCCCAUAACGUGGAUACAUGUGACAUCAAUACCCACCUGACUUUUGAUGUACCAGUUUCUCCCACGUCUCUUUGCCCUCAGAACUUGUCCAUGAUGUUGAGAUUGAGGCACAAUCAGCUCCUCUUCACCUCCUCCUCCCCUGUAUUCUUCCUCUCCUCCUCGUCUGUGCGACCUCGCUCCCUCACUCCUCCCUGCUCUGCCAGCCGACGCUUUGCUGCUCGCUGCCGCCUCUUCGCUGCCCCCAUGACUGCCAUCUUAGAAGGGGAAGGUGAGGAGGAAGAAGAGGAAGAGGAUGAUGAUGAUGAGGUGUUUGUUGAGUCUCCAGGAACCAUUUUGGGAAUGGAAAGAGGAUCGAGCCAGAGAUUGAUUGAGAUUUCUUGAUGGACAAGCCAAGAUUAUAGAUGCAGCUGCAACUUGGAUUCGGGAGGAAGUAGAUGGUCGCCCACCCUCAAGUCCAGUUGUUAGGGAUCACAGAAAAAUGUACCUGAAUGUGACGAUGUCUGGGUCUUCUACAGAUCCUUAUCAGGUUUGAAACUGUCUACAAACUUGUCACAAUGCCUCAGCAACCUGAAUUGAACUAGACUGGACUGACGCAUGGUCUGAAGCCUUUAACUGAAUGUACUGAAGCAAACUUGGCAAGUAUCUCUAGUCGCCAUACAUAUAUGUCAGAAAGGACAUGCGUGUAAUUAUAUCUCAUGUUUGUUCUCAUAACUGUGGAAUGAUGAUCUCAAGAAGACAAGCUUGUUGCAUAAACCCCAACACCUCCUUUCAAUGUACUUAAAUCGAAACUACAGCAAUUACCUUGUAUUAUUGUCUUUUGCUUGACUUUGCUGUCCAUUUUUCUACAUAAUCAUAUUUUCUUGUUUCACAAAGUAUUCUUCUUCUCUGUUUAAGUUAAUGUUAUACUUUCUUGCCCUAAUAAGAGAAAUCAAAAUUCUCUUUGUCCAUGUCAUCUCUGGCUUACUGUAGUAAACACAACUUUUUACAUUAUUAUAGUAUUGACAAGAAAUUAAUUUUGUCAUCUUGACAUAAGACGCUUGUUUUCUUGAGAUCAGAGUAAAAAUUCUAAUAUUAUAUAUAUAUAAUAUAGUAUAAUUAUAGUAUAAUAAUGUUAAGCAGUUAUGUUUUAAAGCUUUCCCAAAGUCUUCCGUAUCUAGCUGUGGUUUUCAUGAAUCCAAACAAUUCCAAUGACAUUAAAUCCACCAAUUCUACUGGCAUUAACUUAAGCAUAGGUAUUGAAUCGGCCGGUUUUGAUUACAUUAAAUUGGUGUUCAGUUAUAGAGCAGCUGGUUCUGAUAACAAUAAAUCAGAAAAAAGUUUUAGAUCAGCCAAUUCUGGCAUUACACAGGGUUCAUAACAUCUCUGAUCAGCAGGACUUGGUUUCAAACCAGAGAACACUUGAUUAAGAUGAAACCAACUUGGGAGGUUAAUCCACGUUUUUUGUUUAUAUUUAAAACAUUUUUAUAGUCAUGUAAAGCUGAGUUGUGAUAAGGUAUGAACAAGGAAAGGCAGUGCUGGAAAUAUUUUAACAGCUGACAUGUUUUUGUGACUUUUGACUCAACAUAAUUAUUUAAAUGUCCUAUUUUCUAUGUUAUUAUGAGCUACACUGACCGACACUAUAAUUAGUAAGGGAUGUAGUUUGUCCUAUACUGUAAAUAGUCCUGUUUCAUCUAUAUCCCUCUUGUUAUCUUGUUUCUACAUAUUUCUUCUUUAUGUUCCUGCUGCUGGAUCUUCAUUUCCUCUCUGUAGCAUUUAUUUCAGCUUCAGUCUCCAUCUUAACGAGUAAUGGAGUCUCGGUUUUCAAGCCUCAAAUCUGUUUUUUCUUCUCAAACAAAGUAGCAGAUAGUAAGACUAACAGUCUGAAUUUGGAUGUAACUUUUUAAGGUGGAGGCUUUGAAUUUAGGCACAUAAUAUCUUCUCUGUGUGAAUGUAAGCGAUUCAGAUUUACUCUAUUAACCAUAAGAUUAAUGCAAUUUAACUGGAAAACUGGAACAAUGGAGGGAAGUACCAUGAGAGAAAGAUAAAUGGAGGUGGAAGUGAUGAAUAGGAGGAAAUGGAAAACUGAAUGAAAGUGUUUUUGCAUGUGUGGAGAAACAGCAGAAAGAACUGGAAACAAAUGUUUUUAAAAAAGGAAAUGUAUAAGAAAUGGAAGCAAUAAAGGAUAAACUCAUUUUCUGAAGCUA